AUGCAGCGUCGGUUUGGCUGGUGCGCUCUCAUCCUGGGGGCGAUGGCAUUCGUUGCGCAGGCUCAAGUGCCUCAUCCACCGAUGAUGAUCAAACAGCCGGAACACGAACAGCUGUUUCAGGUUGCCCAAAGCCAGGACGAAACCGAUAAGCCUUUCGUACUGGAAUGCGAGGCGGAAGGAACGCCUGAGCCAGAGUAUGAAUGGAUCAAGAACGGUCGAGUCUUCGAUUACGUUUCGUACGAUAAAAGAAUCAGCAAACAACCCAAACGAGGCACUUUGAUAUUCACCAAGCCCGACGACGUCGAUGAAGGCUUGUAUCAAUGCAAGGCUACCAAUCAAUAUGGAACCUCAGUAUCAAACGCGGUUUUCCUUAGGAAAUCCGAACUCAGCAACUUUGCCGACGACAAAACACAAGAGAUAUUCGUCAUGGAAGGAGAGCCGCUAUCAUUAGACUGCAAGCCACCGCAGGGCUAUCCAGCCCCAUCAGUCUUCUGGUUGAUACAGUCUGGCAAUGGAGCGUUGAGAUCGUUCAACAGUUCCAGGAUUACUGCAGAUCCAGAGGGGAAACUUCACUUUAGCCAGGUGCUUCGCGCUGACUCACUGGCGGACGCUGUUUACACGUGUUCUGCCACAUCGCAUUUUCGCAGAGAAUACAAAAUUGGUAAUAAGGUUGUGCUUAAGGUUGAACCCAAGAGUUCCACGGGGAAAACCGAAGUACCUCCAGUGCAUCAGUACACCUCGGGGCCUCAGCAAGAUCCUCUGCGAGGCAAGAGACAUGAGCUGCACUGCAUUUUCGGCGGAACACCGCUCCCCCAAAUUCGCUGGACGAAAAAGGGAACCUCGAGCCUUGAAAACAGCAACCGGGUCGAGACUGUAAAUUACGGAAAAACUCUGGUAAUCAAGAGCCCAGACUUCGAAGACGAAGGUGUCUACGAGUGCACAGCGAGCAACGGGGUUGGCCCACCGAAGUCUCAUUCGAUGAACGUGAAAAUCAAGGCGGCGCCGUACUGGGUGAAAGCCCCAGAGAAAAAAGACGCUGCCGAAGAGGAAACCGUGACCUUCGAGUGUAACGCCACCGGGGUCCCGGAGCCCAAACUGCAGUGGUUUGUCAACGGGAUGCCGAUCGAGAAGGCUCCUGCCAGCCCUCGGCGGAAACUCCAAGGAAAUUUCCUCACCAUCGAACGUCUCGAAAAGAAAGACACCGCGGUGUUCCAAUGCAACGCUUCGAACCCGCUCGGCUACGCGUUCAAAGAUUUCUAUCUCAACGUUCUCGCCCUCCCUCCCUCGAUCAUUGAGGCACCCGAGCAAGUAACGCAAGCUGUUGUGGGUUCGACGGCGAUUCUCAAGUGCCGAGUUUUCGGUGCACCAAAGCCAACCGUGAAAUGGAUCAAGACCAACGCCCACUCGAUCACCGGGGGUAGAGAACUCACCGGAGGUCGAUACAAGGUUUUGGACUCGGGAGAUCUUCAAAUAAACGAAGUUCUGGUCACGGACAACGGUGAAUACACCUGUCAAGCCAGUAACAAGUUCGGAGACACGAGCGCCUCGGGAACUUUGGACGUGAAAGGCCGAACUCUGAUCACUCAGCCGCCGGAGAACUAUGAGGUGGCCGCGGAGAAGAGCGCCGUGUUCCGAUGCAACGCUCAGGCGGACCCCACUCUCGACCUGACGAUCAAUUGGCUCUUCAACGACGAGCUCAUCGACUUCGAACGCGAUCCUCGUAUGAUCAAAGCGAGUGACAAUUCUCUGACAAUCACGCGAACGCUCGAAUUGGAUUCGGGUCGGUACACAUGUGUCGCCAAGACGGAGCUCGAUAAGGACACUGCGUCAGCAACCCUCACCGUUCAGGACGUACCGAACUCACCCUCGAUCGUAAAAGUCACCUGCGAUCAGUACACGGCCCUCGUAGAAUGGAAGCCUAACGGUGACCGUCGAGCGCCCAUCCUGUCGUACACGAUCCAGUACAACACCAGUUUCGCGCCCGACACUUGGGAGGACGCGUUCGCCAAUAUCCCGGCCCCCGACACCCGCUUCAAGGUAUCGAUGUCGCCGUGGGCCAACUACACGUUCCGGGUGAUCGCCCGAAACAAGAUCGGACCGUCCCCGCCAUCCGAAACGUCGAUGCGAUGCACGACGGCCGAAUCGAUACCUCACAAAAAUCCCGACAAAGUCGCCGGGAGGGGUACACAGAAAGACAACCUGGUAAUUUCCUGGACUCCGAUGCCUCCAAUUGAGCACAACGCCCCUGGGUUUUUCUAUCGAGUCAAAUACAAGCGGAAAGACACUGAAAACACCGCCGACGAAUCGUCCUGGAUCACCGAAGACAUCCAGGACUGGCGGCAGGGCAGCAUCGCCAAGUACGGGAUGCCGGUCUUCAAACCCUACCGGAUAAAGGUCGAAGCCCACAACCGGCGGGGUGCCGCCCACACCCACGCGGUGGAAGUCAUCGGGUAUUCGGGCGAAGACAAGCCCAGUGAAGUCCCCCAGGAGUUCAGGGUUGUCGGAGUUCCGGACGGAAAAACCGCCGAACUUCGCUGGCGACCCGUAUCGCCAGAAUCUGUGAACGGCCAUUUCAAAGGCUACAAAAUACAGACGUGGACCAACGAGGAAGGAAAAGAUAAAAUGCGAGAACUGGUCGUUCCCUCAAAUCAGACACACGCGGUCGCAAAAAUUUUCAAACCGAACACCAUGAACUACGUCCAAGUUCGAGUUUUCAACGAGCAGCACGAGAGCGAUGAGAGCGAGACGAGAAGUUUCGAAACCCCGGAGGGGACUCCAGGCCCCGUAGCCUCGUUCGACGGUUUCCCCAUGGGCUCUAGUGGAAUAUACCUCAUUUGGAGGAAACCUCUCGAACCGAACGGCAGACUCACGGGUUAUCAUAUUAGCUAUGAAGAAGUCCGGGGAACGACUCUCGGUGCCGCGGUCGAGAGAUCUCCGAUCAACGAUCCCCUGGAGACGCGAGCUAAGUUGGCAAAUCUCCGAUCGAACACCAAAUACCGAAUAACGAUCAAGGCUGCCACUUUGAAAGGAAAAGGGGAGCCUUACUUCAUAGAAGUAAGCACCGCUGGAGACAGUUUCGCAGCCAAGCCCGACGUCCCCGAUUUUGUCUGGUCUCUGCAGCCCGAACAGGACGGGCUUGCUUCUGUGCGAGUGACGUGGCUCCCUAACACUAAUCGACCCGGCUCAGCUUUCCAAGUCGAAUAUCGUCUAAAAGGAAGUAGCGAUCCAUGGGAGAAGACUCAGAAAAACUAUGAAGACGAAACGCAAAUCGUCAAAGGUCUCUACCCAGGGAAGGUGUACGAAAUGCGCGUCAUCUCCCUAGACGGAGACUAUAAAACGUUCUCCAAAAUCGAAGAAGUUGUCACCAGUGAUGUCGCAAUCCACCGCGACUCGCAGGACGAUGUGGCAAACGCUGCCUGGUUCAUCGGGAUGAUGUGCGCGAUUGCGCUGCUCCUCCUGCUUCUGAUGAUCGUCUGUUUGAUCAAAAGAAAUCGAGGUGGAAAGUAUUCGGUGCACGAAAAGGAGUUGGCGCAAGGCAGGGAAAUCGAUGGCUACCCUGAAGAGGGCGGCUUCAACGAGUACACCAAACCGGCGGGUCCCCGUAGAGCUGGUUCCCGAACGUCGCUGCAGUCAAGCCGUGGAGGUUCCGAGAGCGAUUCGCUAGCAGAAUACGGAGACGGAGAAGCAGGAGAGUUUGGCGAAGACGGAUCCUUCAUUGGCCAGUACGGCGUCAAGAAGGGCCGGAAAUCCACGAGGGCUCAGAUGCCGAGCCACGACCCCAACGCGCCGUCUGCUCUCGCCACCUUCGUCUAA